AUGUCCUCAAUUUCUGGCGGUCGUUCCCCACGCUUCAUCCCACAGUCUGCCCAGCCACACACAUCUAUAUUUGGUGGUUCUAGCAGCCAAGAUGUUGCAGAUCUCCAGCCGUACCCGGAAUGGCAAGGGGACGCCACUUUUGAUUCUGAUGGUGCCGAUGUGUCUAUGGAAGAUAUACCAAUAGUUGAGAAUGAUCAUUCCGAUGAUUCUACCUACAGAGAAAGUGACGAGGACGAGUCCGGGUCAGAAGCUGGAGGCUCUCAGAAGAGGGUGCCCCGGAGCACUGUGAAUGCCGCCACUAGUCACAGUGAUAUUGAUAGCCCACUAUCAUCUCCUGCAUAUCGGCCCAAUAGAUUCCGCGGCGCUGAAUCACAAUGGAGAAAGCUGACUGCCGAAGAUAGACAGAAUGCUGAAGCUUUAGAAACUAUUCGAGCUAGAGACCUUGCAGCUCAUCUGUACAACGCAUAUGCGUUGCGAGUACGGGCCCGUGAGCUAGCAAGGCAAGCUGUCGAAGCUGGCGAAUCAGAAGAUGAAACCAAAUCAUUUGGCCCUCCAAAGCGAUGGGUAGCAUGGCCCAUGUCGGCUACUGAGGUGCCUCGCGGAAACGAACAUGCCCGUAGAGGAGAAGACGAGGCAUGGACUUUGAGAAUGCAGCCAGACCCUCGUCCAAGUGCCGAGUUAGAGGAAUCACUCAUAGCUAUAAUGCUCAAGGAUGCAAAGGAAAAAUUCCAGACCAGGCCUUGGGACGACAAACUUUCCUCUGUACAACAGUGGGCAAUGUCUCAAGCCAAGGCACAAAAUAACACUACCACCGAUGGGGAACAGAAAAGUGAUCCCGAUUUAAUUGAUGAGCUCUCACUACGUCCCGUCGUUCAGGCUGAUGAUGAAAAAUCACGACUCCAAUUGCGACCGCUGACCCGAAAUAUACUCACCCAAUUUGAUGACCUACUUAUGGCUCUUCACAACGCUCGCAAUGGUGGAGGAGGAGCGGACGACAGCUCCGCAAGUGAGUGGCAGACAGAUACAGAGAGUGUCGCCUCAAGCAUCUCAUCCCGCAAGAGAAGAACAAUCAUCCGCCCGAACUGGGUCAAGCCGUCCACGUUCUCACAGUGGGCAUGCAUCAAGUGGAAGGACAUCUUCCCGGCUCGGCUCCCGUCGUCAAUCAACAUCACAGUACUCAAAGCCGCGGGGACGUUCAACUGGCAGCGACUGCAAAAGGUCGGCAAGUCGUAUGCGUCUUGGCCUCCGCGACUGGAGCGAAGUACUAGGAAUUGCCUCUAUGAUCGGCUUUCCACCAGCGUGGUAAUGCGUUCUUCACAAAGAUGUGCCGCUCUGUUCCGUGAGGAUAUGGAGUUUCGGGUUUUGCAAGAAGGUACCUUACAGCAAGUUCAGGGCGGGGAUUCUACAUGGACCUACGCGGAAAUUGAGCCCAAGGAACCUGAAGCUUCGCCGCCGCCUCCUUCUCCUUCUUGUACCAAACGAUCCCUCUCCCGCACGGCCUCUGUGAAGAAGGCUUCUAGCACCCGAGUUACUAGCCCUGCUACUGAUCAUACUGACGAGGUGACCAAGCGCAAAGGCAAGGGUCAACACCGGAAGCAAGAUAUAAUAUGCCCCAUCGGGACGUGUCCUCGGCAUAUCAAUGGUUUCACACGGACAUGGAACCUUAACUUGCACAUGAAACGCAUGCAUCCUGGAUAUCGCCUGAAGAGUACGGACUCAACAUUCAAGUCUUCCAUUGUCGGCCCUGCUGGCGAUACUGACGGUUAA